AUGGAACAGCUCAUAGCAGAACUCUACCAUCCUUCCAAUCAAUCUUCUCCAGAACGGGUCAACGCCCUUCAGAGACAGAUCCAACAAAUCCAACGACAAAAAUCAGCCUGGCAAUUGGGAUUAGAUCUUUUAAGCCAUGACGAAGCUGUGGUGCGCUUUUAUGGAGCGUUGACGUUAACCAUCAAAAUCAAUGCAGAUUGGGAGAGUGAUGGCAUCUCGCAAGACCAACAGAUGAAGGCUUAUCUCCUUGAAGCUUUGAUCACGCAUUAUGUGCAACUAGUCACAUUACCAGAUGCUAAUUUCGUUCUUCAAAAAUUAUGCUCAACACUUGUGACCCUUUUCUUGAGGUCAGAAUCUGCAUGGAUUUAUCCAGCCCGGCAUGUCCUAGCAUGUCUUCUCAGUGGCCGGUAUGUCUCGCAGGACGAUCUCCCUGAUAUCUCACGAUUAUUGGAAGCAGCAAAUUCCUGUUCGGUAUCGCAGCUCAAAGGCAUGAUAAUGAUUCUUACCACUUUGGCCGAAGAUACCACUAGCUCGGCAACCAACAAUAAAGAAGAAGGAGGAAUCUCAGAGCGCCUUGCCAUGAAUAGCAUUGAUGCCUGGGCGAUUUAUGACUAUUGCAUCACCAAUCUACUGGCGGCCCUGGAGGCGACCCGGCCGCAGGUAAUUCAGAACAAUAGUGUAUCCGCAUUUUCCUCUGAUGAUUCUAUUGAACUCAUCAAGCUAGUUGCGAAAGGUAUACCCUUCUGGGCGAGUGUGUCCCGAAGCUCUCGCAACUCCCUUGAGAAGGAGCGAAGAAUGAGGGUUGAAGCCGCUUCAACUCGCUGCAUUGGGUUGAUAAUGAAGGCCUUCGAAGUGGACGAAUUGGUAUCUGCGGUCCUGCAAAUGCUCAUCUCUCUUUAUCAAUCGUCUGCCAAACUUCUUCAAGACGCGGUCCCUGGUUUUCCACUCAACAUUACAAGCAGUGAUAGAGCUCAAAGGUUGGUGGGUUCGCUCGUUCAGGGAGACUUUGAGCCUGAGGGCAUUCUUUAUGUGGACUUUUUGGAUAGCGUCAUUGGAGACAUCGAUACCACCAACCCGGAAUAUUUGCUCGAUGAGCGGUAUCGUGUCGUCCUACAGAGUGUAUUGAAGCUACUCCGCUGCGAAGGAGUUCCAGGCAUCGAUGAUCUAGUAUGCCAAAUCGCGCUGGAGAAUGUCAACGAAAUGUUGGAGGGCUUCACAGACUGGGAGGAAGACCAAGCUGCACAAGGUCUUCUUCAGUCCAUCACUAUCGAUGCAUGUCAAGCUGCGCUAGUGAAAGUCAGGCUGCCUUUAGAGCAGAUGUCAUCUCAAACCCAGGAUUGGGAUGCAGACGAACGAGCCAAAUUUCAAGAUUUCCGGUACGAUGUGCAAGAUUAUUUCCAAUCUGCGUUCGCUCUACUUGGAAAUGCUUUGAUUGAGGAGAUAGUCAAGACAGUCCUGGUGCCACAACAACCACCGGACUGGAGCAAUUUUGAAGCAGGAAUUUUCAGCCUAACAGCCUUCUCAGAUACGAUGUCAGGUGAACCCGAAAUAUAUGAUGAACUGAUCACAACUGUACUCAAUAGUCCAGGAUGGGUAUCGAUUCUUGAGUCAUCACAAGACAUACCUGAUCGGGCACGACAGACUGGUAUUCGAUUUAUCACCGAAAAUGUGGUUUACCUCCAACGGCACCCAGAUCGACUGAUCUCAAUGUUGAGCUUUCUCUUCUCAUCACUUCACCUCCAUGCAUCUAGCGUAUCGGCGUCCCGAGCGAUCUAUCAUCUUUGCGACUCCCACCGGGGGGUUCUCGCCGAAGGUUUACCACAAUUCAUGGCUGCACUAGGAUCGAUAUCCGACUCAGGUGAAGCUGAACGACAUAGGAUAUACGCUGCAGUGGCCGCAAUCAUUCAAGCUCUACCACAAGAAGAGUCCAAGAUCGCUCCCCUCCUUGAUUUACUGGCUGCUGCUAGUGAUCCAUUAACAAAUCUCCAAAUUUCCCCAGGAAAUUGGGAGGAAACACUGCGAAUCUGUACGGAUCUGAUGCAAUCUCUUGCUUCGAUUGGCAAAGGCUUGAGGGCGCCUUCGGAUACACCCGUGGAAUUGGACGGUUCUGCACAUGAGCAGCCAUCAUUCUGGCUUGACGGUCCUGGACAAACAAUCCAAGCCAAUGUACUUGCGCGAUACGGAUCCGUCAUGCAUGCAGUCAAUGAGCACGCAGACAGCAUGUUUGUGGAAGCUUGUUGUGAUUUCAUCCGCUCGGGCUUUACUGAAGAGCAUCCAUCACCAUUCAAAUUCCGAGAUGAGAUUGGACUCAACCUUGUGGUCUCACUUAUCAAUGUCAGUAACCCGAACAUUGAUAGUACGAUGGCAUGUGCAUCGAGUUUCAUAGCCUCUGUGGACCAAGGUGCAAAUGAAGAAUGCAUCAAUGGGGUGCUGCAUCCCAUUGCAAGUAACCAACAGGCCAUUCUGGCGGAGUUCCGGCGGUCAGAGGUGAUGCUCAGCAGCACGUUUUCUUCGAGUUCAUUAGAAUUUCAGGCUCGACUGAUGACCAAAUGGGGCAUCGUAUGGUACAGUCGGCCAGACGUCGAGGAGACAUUAGGUACUGCGAUUGAGUUGUCUCUUGUACUUUUGGCGAACCCAGAUACACUACCUCGACGAUCGGCUGCUUCCUUCCUUGCGACUUUUGCAGACAUGUCUGCACAGGACGGGGCACUCGGACCAGAGGUUCAGGUCAAGAUUCAAAGAGCGAUACAUAAAUAUGGACCACGGAUAUUGGGGCUUGUGCUGCGACUUAUUGGCGGUGAAUGUGCCAGGUCAGAGCUUGAAAGUAUUACAGAGACACUUAAGCGGUUCAUUCAGAAACAAGGGAUUGUCACCAAACAGGUGCUUCGAAACGCCGUGGAAGAGGACCAGGGUAUCUUGAGCGAAAAGGCACUGAAAGCAACGACAAUAGAUCAACGCAAACGAUUUCUGGCGCAGUUGGAGAGCUUGCGAGGAUCAAGAAAGACGAACGAUAUCGUGAAAGAGUUUUGGAUUGCCUGUCGAGGUAGCGGAUUCAGUUACAUUGUCUGA